UUUUGAAAUCACGUGUCCGGAUGUAGUCAUCGCUGAGUUCACGCACGCCUUUUUGCGCGCUUGUGUUUUGUUUCCUGUUUGUGAAACUAACAACAAAUUCACAAAAGCGGAAUUACACUUCAAAAAUGUUUUAGUUUAAUUUAAUUCGGAUCGUAGAUUUAUUGAACACGGUCUCAAAACCUUCCGCAGACGUAAAGCAGGAGGGGCUGAGAGGUGAAGUGAUGUCUGACAGCGUGUCUAUGCCCUCAUACACUGAGUAUCCUGCAGGACGUCCCUUCAUUAACACACCCCUGCCCUUCUCACACACACCUGUGAAAGCUUUCCCUGAGAGCAACAGUGCAGCGAUUCUCUCAGCACUGAAGAAUCUGCAGGAGAAGAUUCGCCGUCUUGAACUUGAACGAUGUGACACCCAUCAGAAACUCCAGACGCUUUCCAACGAAUCUACACAGACACAAGCACACAGUAGAGGUGAAGAGGACCUCAAGAACCACGAGCUGCUGCGUCACCUGUCCGCAGCUGAGACUCGAUGUUCUCGUCUGGAGAGACAGUUAGAGCACAUGAGGAAGACCGUGAGAAACGCUGAAUCUGACAGAACCGCUGUUCUCCGACGACAGGCGUCGCUGGAGCGGUUGGGUUCUGUAGAUCAGACAUAUGUUCAGAGGAAGCUGCAGAAGUUGGAUGUGUUGGAGCAGGAGUAUCGGAGACUGACUGACACACAGACACUCGCUGAGAAGAAAAUCAGAGAACUGGAGAGAAAAUUACAAGAGGAGGAACAUCAGAGGAAACUAGUGCAGGACAAAGCUGCACAGUUACAGACGGGUCUUGAAGCCAAUCGUAUCCUCAUUCAGUCUGUUUCUCCACGUCCCCAUAAAUCCUCUAAAGUUAAACAGAAGAUGGUAAUCGAUUCGCCUCACACAUGUGGAAUAAUGAUUGUGUGUCGCAGUGUUGUUCAUGUGUGGAUUGUGUUUGUGUUUCUGCAGAAACACACGUCUCAUCCACAGCCACAUUACAGACUGAGUUUAGGAGACGUGCCGUUUGUGACCGGAACGUCGACGAGUUCCAGUCAUUCCGUUCGUGCAAACGUUCAGCACGUUCUUCAUCUCAUGAAGCAGCAUCAUCCUCAGCUUUGCAACGAGCACGUGCUAGGACACGCCCAUCCGUCCACUAGAAGGCGUUCAGCACAUCAGUCCAGCAGUAGCUCCGCCUCUUCCUCCUCCAGCUGUGAAGAGCUGUCAGACCUGCUGCUGAUGUUACAGGAUGAGUUUGGACACAUGAGCUUUGAACACAAGGAGCUGGCGAGACAGAUCGAGUCCAGCGGGUCAGAUCGGCUGCGGCAGGAUUUGGAGCACGAGAUGGAAACACUGAUGAAGAGAAUGGAGAGUAAAGGUGAACAGAUCGCUAAAGUCCGUCGACACCAGACGCAGCUGGAGAGGAUGAGGAGACAGCGUGGUAAACAGAGGCACGAGGUCAAAGUCACGCCCUCGUCAUCGUCUCGCGGUCGCUCGGCUGCAGCAGCGAAGCUGAAAUCCAGACCAGGUGAGCGCAGCAGAGACAGUCUGCGUCUGCUUCAAGACAUGCGCUCGCUGCAGACGUCACUGCGCAGAGAUCAGCUCAGCUGGGACUUCUGACGGCACAACAAGAACAACCUCUCACAGACGCCUCCAAAACAAAGACACUUCAACCCGGCUGUAUAUUUAGGACCAAGAUGAUUCAACACAUUUUAUUAUCAAACGCUGAAAUGAAAUCUUGUGGAUCAGAUGUGUUAGAUCAGUUUGGAAUGUCGUGUGUAUUUUUUGCACAUCGGACACAGAUAUGAUUCUGUUAUUUUAUCGGUUUACAGGUGAAAUCUGUUGAUGAUAACGUGUCAUUAAAUCAUGAUUCAGUCUAAUGAAGAUGAGAUCUUGAGGUCAGGGUCUGGCUUGUUGUCGUAACUCAGUGCUGACGUUGAUCUGAAGUGUGAAGUCUGUGUUCUACCUCACUUAUUCCCGUUUCACUCUUGAGAUUUUAUUAUAGUUGUAUUAUUUUGCAGUCAGUGCUUUCGUUUGUAAAAGUGUUUUUCCAUUUGUUUCACAAUAUUCCACGUAUGGUUUGUUGUUUGGUAACAUCUGGCGUGUAUAGUUUGUUAUAUGUGUGUGUGUUUGUCUCUGUGAUAAAGGGAUUGUGUUGAAGUGAAAUUGGAUGAAAGUCUAAAUUCUGUCAUCAUUUAUUCUCUCUCGUGGGUUUCUAAAUCUUUAUGCGAGUCUUUAUUCAGUGGAACACAAGAGAAGAUAUUUUGAGAAAUAUCUUGUGUUCAUACCACAGAGUUCAGUGUUUGAUGAUCAACAUUCUUCAAAAUAUCUUCUGUUGUCUU